AUGGCGGCCCAGUUCAAGUCUAAAAAAGCCUUUAAUGCCAAACGUCAGCAAGUACAAGUUGUGGAGAAAAUGUUUCGAAGACUUCGCAAAGCUUUGAGCAAGUUUUUCAGACCCCGCAGAAGGGAAAAUAAAAGCAGGAAGAACGAUCCACCUGUUCAACUUCCUGAAAUUCCUGAGAUUUUACUGACGGAAGAACCUGUGAAACUUCCAGAAUAUCCAGUGCAUGCAGCUACUCCUGCAGUAGAAGUUGAAAACAUUGUGUCGUCACAGGAGCACAAGGAUGUAAAGAGGAAUUCAUUAGAGAGUGUUGCACUCAAAUCUACUAGUGAUUCCAUCAGCAGCUGUGAAGCUGCUCUUAUCAACCCUCAUGGAACCCACCAUGAGAAAUCUGAGAAUAAGGAAACUUGCAGUGAUCAAGAAUAUAGUCAUAUAGAUAUCGUUAGCACUAAGGGAUUAGUGAAUGAAGAAGGAGACAGAAAGAAAGAAGAGAAUGUUGAAUUAGAAAAUGAAACACCAGAGAGUGAGGAAUUAGUGAGUGAAGGAGAAGUGGUAAAGGAACAACAGGGUGUAGAAAAGGAAACACCAGAGAGUGAGGAAUUAGUGAGUGAAGGAGAAGAGAUAAAGGAACAACAGGGUGUAGAAAAGGAAACACCAGAGAGUGAGGAAUUAUGGAGUGAAGGAGAAGUGGUAAAGGAACAACAAGGUGUAGAAAAGGAAACACCAGAGAGUGAGGAAUUAUUGAGUGAAGGAGAAGUGGUAAAGGAACAACAGGGUGUAGAAAAGGAAACACCAGAGAGUGAGGAAUUAGUUAGUGAAGGAGAAGAGUUAAAGGAACAACAGGGUGUAGAAAAGGAAACACCAGAGAGUGAGGAAUUAGUUAGUGAAGGAGAAGUGGUAAAGGAACAACAGGGUGUAGAAAAGGAAACACCAGAGAGUGAGGAAUUAGUUAGUGAAGGAGAAGAGUUAAAGGAACAACAGGGUGUAGAAAAGGAAACACCAGAGAGUGAGGAAUUAGUGAGUGAAGGAAAAGAUCGAAAGGAAGAAAAGGGAGAAGAAAAUAAAACACACGAGAGUGAGGAAUUAAUCAAUGAUGAAGGAGGUAGAAAGGACGAAGAGAGAGUUAAAAUAGAAAUUGAAACACCCAAGAGUGAGGAAUUAGUGUUCCAGCAACAGGAGAAGACUAAAGUGUCCAGAACAUCCAUCGAGGACUAUGACUUGCAGAAGUUACUUGGUGAAGGCGGCUUUGGAAAAGUAUACCUUGCCCAGCACAAAUCUUCUAAGGAAAAGGUUGCCAUCAAAGCAUUAAAGAAGGAAGGCUUACAAAGAUCCAAGCAUGUUAUGAGGCUAAAACUAGAGAAGACCAUCCUUGAAGAGGCUAAAAGAGAGAAGAACCCUUUCCUUGUUGGCCUAUAUGCCUCAUUUCAGACCAAACACCACUAUUGCUUGGCAAUGGACUACUGUGCCGGUGGUGAAUUAACCACCUAUAUGAAACCCGCAGCCUUUCCAAAGGAGACAGCUGUAUUUUACGCCGGUUGUGUUGUUUUAGGCUUACAGUUUCUGCACGAAAGACACAUUAUUCACCGAGAUAUAAAGCCAGAUAAUAUCUUGCUGGACCGUGAUGGCUACGCCAGGCUCGCUGAUUUUGGCAUCUCCAAGAAAACUAUGGGAUUCGACGGCAGAACCUGCAGUAAUAUAGGAACCUGUUACUAUAUGGCCCCUGAAAUCCUCUAUUACCAUAGCUACAAUAAAUCCGUGGACUGGUGGGCACUUGGGGUGAUGAUUUAUCAAAUGCUCCUCCACAAGGUAAGUGUCUGUUUCCAGUAGAAUUGUUACUAGUUUUGCAUGGAAAGUAGCGCUGCUAAUGUGCAUCUUGUGUGAUUAGU